AUGGCUUCUCUGCCUUCUAUACAGUUUUCAUCACUGCCCAGGUGGCACCCAAAUGGCCAUUUCUUUCCCUAUAUAAACUUGGUGAAAUUUCCAGAUUUUAGAUUGAAGAGUGAAUGGGUACUUACAUCAGUCUCUAAGAAAAAAAGUUUGGAGUCGUUAGCUCAGGAGACAUUGGAUGGAGAAGCAGUAGUUGUAGGAGAGAAGAAACGUCAAACAACUAAACGAGCCUCUGCUAGGAGCAGAAAAAAAGGAACACUGGAGACUCCGGAUAAAAUUUCUGUUGUCAAUGGUAGUCUAACAGAUGAGGAAACUGAAACGACUUCAGGCUCAAACACGGAGGUGAAGAAAUCCAAAACUAGAACUCGAAAAAAAGCUGCAUCUGCCUCUGCCUCUGCCUCUAGUACGUUGGAGGAAGAAGCAACUGAAAAGAAAGUGACAAGAAGGAGAAGAACUAAGAAACCGGCUGAUAAAGUAGAAAGUCAAGGAAGUGAGACUGAAUAUAGUGAUAAUGAGGGGGACACAUAUCUUGCAAAUUUGGAUGAUGAUAAUGAGCAGGAACUAGAGUUUGAUGUAGAUGAAGGAGAGGAUAUUAGCUUCACAUACGGCUGGCCACCUCUUGUUUGUUGCUUUGGCGCAGUGCAGCAUGCUUUUGUACCCUUUGGUAGGCGAGCCAACAGGCUUCUAGACCAUGAAAUGCAUGAACGGAAGAAGGAUGCAAUGUGGGCCCCUGAGAAAUUUGUUCGGGCUCCUGGAGGAUGUUCAAGUAAUGUUGCAGUAGCUCUUGCGAGUUUGGGAGGUAAAGUUGCCUUCAUGGGCAAACUUGGUGAUGACGCCUUUGGUCAUGCCUUGAUUUAUUACUUGAAUAGCAACAAGGUUCAAACACGAUCAAUUCAUAUAGAUGGUAAAAGAAAAACAGCUGUAUCACAUAUGAAAAUAGGUAAGAGGGGUGGCUUGCGGAUGACUUGUGUCAGACCAUGUGCAGAGGAUUGUUUAUCAAGGUCUGAUAUCAACAUUGAUGUGUUGAAAGAGGCAAAAAUGUUAUAUAUCAAUACAUUUUCUCUUCUUGACCGGAAUAUGAGAUUAACUGCAUUACAAGCCAUCAGAAUCUCAAAGAAGCUGGGAGGGGUUAUCUUUUACGAUCUCAACCUUCCAUUACCUCUUUGGCAAUCUAGUGAAGAAACCAAGGCUUUCAUACUGCAAGCAUGGAAUCUUGCAGAUAUUAUUGAGGUCACUAAACAAGAACUUGAAUUUCUCUGUGGAAUUGAGCCAUCAGAAAAAUUUGAUACGGAAGACAAUGAUAGAUCUAAGUUCACUCAUUAUGAACCAGAAGUGGUUGCUCGGCUAUGGCAUGAAAAUCUCAAGGUUUUGUUUGUGACAAAUGGGACUUCUAAGAUUCAUUACUAUACUAGAGAACAUGAUGGUGCUGUAAAUGGAAUGGAGGACGCACCGCUCACUCCUUUUACUUCUGAUAUGUCUGCAUCUGGAGACGGCAUUGUUGCAGGUAUAAUGAGAAUGUUGACUGUUCAGCCACAUCGUAUCACUGAUAAAGGAUACUUGGAAACCACCAUCAAGUAUGCAAUGAGCUGUGGCGUUAUAGACCAAUGGUUGCAGGCACGAUCACUUGGUUUCCCUCCCAAAGAAGAAAUGGAAGAUGUCAUCUCUGAUCCGAAUGGCUUAAAAUCAAUCACUGAAAAAGAAUACAGAACUUUGGUGCCUGCAAGUUCAUGA